AUGUUCGAUGAUAUUCUUGAAUACUUGAAACGAAAGCCAGACGAAGCCCCCACAAGAAAAAGGUCUAAGACAGAGGCGCCCUUAGAGCACCCCUCAGACAGCCCUGAAAAUGGCGCAGACGCUGCCCCAGCGCCUGAAAGCCAGGCGUUUGAUCUUUCGGGGUUUUUUGACGAGAAAAGGCGCGAGCGCGCGGAGUACUUAGAAAGAAAGUCCCAGGCCGAGAAAAGCAGUAUCUCGCACGCGCUCGAAGAGGUGUCUCUAAGCCUGGACGGCCCAGUCCCGGCUCCUCCCGCGACCUCCCAGGACCCCAGCAGCUGCUCUUUGCACCUGGAAGAAAUUGAGCUGUCUGUUGUGCUCUCCCAAGGGAGCAUUCCGGAAGCCCCUUCUCCCAAAGGAGGCGCAGACGAGCAUUCGUACUUGUGCUCUCAGGCGCCCAUUUCCAGCAUAGAAGCACAGCUGCAGCACAUAAAGCAGAGGAACCCCUCUGUAAACUACAUUUCCAUUGGGGAGAUCAAGGCCAGCGACGCUCUGAAAGUCUCUGGCAUGAUCUGCGGGUACGUCAUAAAGCACUCUCCCGUGGACACGGCUGGAUGCAUUACCAUAACAGACGGGGUAGACAGCAUCGUGUGCGCAGUCUGCUCUAACGUAAUAGAAGCACACGUGCUAGAAAAAGACUCGAUCGUGCUCAUAGAGUCUCCCUCCGUGUGGAGGCUGGACCACGUGCAAAACAGAUGCGUGCUCAACAUAGUGCUGAACAAUGUGGUGACAGUUGUUAAAAGCAGCGUGCAGUGA